AUGGCGCAUUUUUCUCUGCGUGCGGUGGCUUUUCCAUUCUGUGUGCUGCUUAUUGCCACUGCCGCCGCCGCCGGCUUGGCCGGAGCUGACAAUGUAGUGGAAGACGACAAGCAUUUGUUUCAUCGCCCACUUGGUUUGUUUAAGGGUAAAGGGUUUCGCGGAGGGGGUAUCGGCGGCGGCAUUGGCGGUGGCGGGGGUCUUGGAGGUGGUGCUGGUGGAGGGUUUGGCGGCGGCGGAGGUGGUGGUUUGGGUGGCGGCGGAGGGCUCGGAGGAGGAGGUGGUUUGGGUGGCGGCGGAGGGCUCGGCGGAGGCGGUGGUUUGGGCGGUGGAGGAGGCUUAGGGCAUGGAAUCUAUAAAAGGGGUUUUAAGCAUGGAAGAUUAGGAGGAGGUGGUCUUGGAGGAGGAAUUGGUGGCGGCGGCGGAUUGGGUGGUGGUGGAGGACUUGGAGGAGGAGGUGGUUUAGGCGGCGGGGGAGGCUUAGGGCAUGAUAUUUACAAGAGGGGUUUUAAGCACGGGAGAUUUGGCGGCGGUGGAGGUCUUGGAGGAGGAGGUGGUCUUGGUGGCGGCGGAGGUCUUGGCGGAGGUGUCGGACUUGGAGGCGGUGGCGGACUCGGAGGCGGUAGCGGAGGCGGUCUAGGUGGAGGAGCUGGCGGUGGACUUGGCGGAGGGGCUGGCGGCGGGUACGGAGGAGGAGCCGGGGGAGGCUUCGGUGGCGGUGGUGGUGCAGGUGGAGGCGGUGGAUUUGGCGGUGGAAUUGGAGGAGGAGGAGGUGCCGGAGGAGGAUUUGGAGCCGGUGGAGGUGGCGGUGGAGGCUUUGGUGGGGGUGGAGGAUUUGGCGGCGGUGCCGGAAUUGGAGGCGGCGGCGGCGGCCACCAUUAAAUGCAAUUUUCAAAUAUAUAUUAACGUCCGAUCUGAAUUCUGAAAUCUAAUAUAUGUCUAUCCAACUAUGUACUGUUUAUUACUAUUUCAUGUGGGAGAGUGAAAUCUGUGGUAUCUAAUAAGUUUUUCUACUCAACUUCGUUCAAUUGGUUUUCUAUCUUUUCCAUCCCA